AUAUUUUACAAGCUGCAAGAAAUUGCUGGGUGAAUUUUUUAUAUAACCAUGGAGAAGAUCUUGAUUUUAUAGUAUGGGCUAAUAAGAUAAAUACUGAAGUAAUUCAGAUUGCAAAUAUUAGUAAUAAAGAUAAAGUAUUAGAAAAAUUGGCAGAAUAUGUUAGAAAAUCAGGAAGUUUUGCAAAAAA